AUGGCCUUUUCUGCACUAGCCGCUGUUUUUUUCACCGGUUUCUGUGUUCUGUUCGCCACUAUAUUAGCUUUUUCUCCGCGACAGACCCAUGAUAGGAAGAAGGUGCUGGCGCGGUUGAGAGCUAAAUUCCCCUACUCUGUCAGUAAGAUCGCUCACAGAGGGGGGAGUAUAUUGGGACCGGAAAAUACUUUGUAUGCUUUCCACAGGGCAGUGAAGGAGGGCGCGGCGGACAUGCUGGAGUUAGAUGUUCGCGAAACCAUGGACUAUCGUAUUGUGGUUUGCCAUGACGAGUGGCUGGAAAGACUUUGUGGGAGUGCGUACAAGCACGUGACUGUAAAAGACAUCACGGUUGGCGACGAUCCCAACACCAAUCUCCCCCAACUGCAAAGGAAUAUACCUCUCCAUUUUGUGUCUAGUGAGAAAACCAUGUACUGUGCCACAGAUUCCGUACCAGUGGACGGCACCACUCGCUUGUGCUUGCUGGAAGAAGUAUUCGAAGCAUUUCCUACUAUCCCAAUUCACAUUGAUAUUAAAUAUGCGAGUUCAGAUUUCACUGAUCGGAUAUUCGAUUUGAUUAAGAAAUAUGGACGCGAACCGGUUACAUUCGUUGGCAGUAGCAACUGGAGGAAUGAAAUAUAUAUUACAAGGCAUAUGAAAAGACUUUCUUCACAGAAGGACAAGUGUAAAUUUCACACCUUCGCCGGUCCCAUAGACUACGUGCUUGUGCACGUUGCUCACUAUAUUGGCGUGCUGCCGCUGAUCCCCUUGAACUUUGAUAUUUUUUCUGUUCCCUUAUUUACGAAACGAAAGAAACAAGAAAUUCCAUUUUUCUUGCGGCCGAUAGCACAGCUUUUAAAUUCCCCGUCCCUGUGGAUGCACUUGCAGCAGCGGGGUAUUCUUGUUGUCGGUUGGGUGCUAAACGACGUCGAUGAGUUCGAGGAGGCUUCUAGAUGGCCAAUAAAUGGUGUAAUGACCGAUGAUCCAAUAUCAUUCAACGGUUUCCUAAUAUCACACGACGUUUCUAAUACGAUGAAUUUGCUGAACUGA